CUAAUGCCACGCUGAGCAUAGUCCCCAUAGUUGGGAUGGGCGGUAUCGGAAAGACUGCCUUGGCUCAACAGCUAUAUAAUGAUGCCAGAGUGGAUAGAUGUUUUGAGAUGAGAGCAUGGGUUUGUGUUUCAGAUGUUUUUGAUGUUCUCGACAUAACAAAGACUAUUUUGCGGUCAAUCACUGGGUUGCCCUGUGAGGGCAAAGAUCUAAAUGAGUUUCAAGUUAAGUUGAGGGACAAUCUUUUCGAAAAGAAGUUUCUUGUGGUUCUAGACGAUAUAUGGAAUGAGAAGUACGAAAAAUGGACUGACCUCUUAAAGCCAUUUGUAGUGGGUGCUAGGGGAAGCAAGAUUAUUGUUACGACUCGCAACCUUGCUGUUGUUAAACUGACAAGAGCUCAUCCGUAUCUUUUGAAGGAAUUGUCCCUUGAUGAUUGUACAAGCUUAUUAGCCUUUCAUGCUCUUGAAGCAACAAAUUUUAAGAGCCACUCGGAAUUUGAAACAAUUGGCAAGAAAAUAGCUGAAAGAUGUAAAGGUUUACCUUUGGCAGUGAAGAUGUUUGGUGGUGCCCUACGUAAUAAAAUGAAUCCCAGUGAAUGGGAAGAUACCUUAAACAACAUAAUAGGGGAUCUUCCAACAAUGAAGAAUGAUGAGGUUCUCCCUAUUUUGAGAUUAAGCUAUGUCCAUCUUCCUUCCUAUUUGAAGAGAUGUUUUUCUUAUUGUGCAAUAUUUCCCAAGGAUUAUGAAAUUGAGAGGGAUGAGCUCGUACUCCUAUGGAUAGCAGAGGGAUUUUUAGAUGGACAAAAAACAAAGGAAAAUAAGUUGAAAUUAGGACGGAGUUACUUCGAUGAGUUAGUAUCUAGAUCAUUUCUUCAAAAAUCAAGUGUUGACAAAUCUAAGUUUUCAAUGCAUGAUCUUUUGAAUGAUCUAGCAAAGUCAAUUGAGGGUGCAAUGUGCUUUAGCUCUAGGGAGUCUCAGGUGGUAGUUUAUGAAGAUGAUGCAUCUCUUGGGAGAGCUCGUUAUGCAUCAUUCGUCUCAUCAUGGCUUGUUACAUCAAAAUGCUUAAGAGCAUAUCAUGAAUUAAAGGUCUUAAGAAGUUUAAUUCUAAUGCAUGUUGGAUCUAGUGAGGGCCCAAUUAAAUUCUCUAUUUCCAACAAGGUGUUGCACGACUUGCUAACAAACUUGAAGUAUUUGAGGGUGUUUUCAUUAUGUCAUUGUACCAUUGUAGAGGUACCGAAUUGUGUUGGUGAAUUAAAACAUCUUCGAUAUCUCAAUUUCUCGUACACUAACAUCGAAAGAUUACCUGAGUCAAUUGGCGACUUGUGCAAAUUACAAGCUUUGAUCUUAAGAGGUUGUCAUCGGCUUUCAAAGUUGCCUCACGGUAUCACAAAGUUAGUCAGCUUACAAUUUCUUGAUAUUAGAGAUACAGAAAGUCUAAAAGAGAUGCCAUUGGGUAUCAAUAAUUUGAAGAAUCUUACUAUCUUGUCCAAGUUUGUGGUAGGAACAGAGAAGGGCCUACAGUUAAAGGAGUUAAAGAACUUGUCACAUCUUCAAGGAGAAUUAUUCAUAUCAAAAUUACAAAAGGUGGAAGAUGUUAGAGAUGCUGUUGAUGCUAAUUUGUUAGAAAAGCAAGACCUAAGAAAAUUAUUCUUGCAUUGGGAUGAAGAUUUUGGAAUUCUUCGGAAUGAUAAGCAUGAAUCACAGGUGCUUGAGUCUUUGCGACCUCACAUUAAUCUUGAAAAUCUUACUAUUUUGAACUAUGGCGGUGCCAAAUUCCCAUCAUGGUUAGAUGGUUCAUCGUAUUCUCAGAUGGUGUCUUUGUGUUUGUGGCAUUGUCCUUAUGUCACAUCGUUGCCUUCACUUGGACAACUACCUUCAUUGAGAGAAUUAUCUCUUAAAGGUCUAAAUGCGGUAAGAAUAAUAGGCUCUAAUUUUUAUGGAGGUGAUAGGCCUUUUUCGUCCUUAAUUACUUUGCAGUUCGAAGAGAUGUUGGCAUGGAAGGAUUGGUCUCCUUAUGCAGGGGGCCUUAAAGAAGAAGUCCCAUUAUCUUGUCUUGAGCAUCUUGUUGUCCGGAGCUGUCCUUCGCUGGUCGAGACAUUGCCUUGUCAACUUGAUCAUCUUAUAAAGCUUGAAAUUCAUUCAUGCCAACAAUUGAAUAACUCAACCAAUGAGUUAUGUCUUCCAUCUCUCGAUGAGUUAUACCUUGAGGAUUGUAGUAAGGAGAUCUUAAAGAGCUUGUUCAAGCUAACUUCUUUGACAGUUCUCAAAAUUAACAAACUCAUAGAGCUUGUUUCCUUUGAUCAUCGGUUUAUGAGUUGCUUGGGCAAGCUAAGGAAGCUUCAUAUAGGACUAUGUGACAAGCUAACCUACUUGUGGCAAGAUGGAAAUGAAACACGAAAUCUCAAUUGCCUCGAGAAUUUAGACAUUAUAAAAUGUCCUCGAUUCACAUCUUUUGUGGCAAGAGAAGGAGAGAUAGAGCUACCCUACAACCUUGAAAGGAUAGAAUUGGUGAAUUGCACAAGUUUAAAAAAGCUUCCAAGCAAGAUGCACACACUUAGACAUUUGGUGAUUAAGAAUUGUCCAAAAAUCAUGGCUCUAAACAUUCCUCAAGGUGACCCCAGCAGCAAUAAUUCGAUUUCUCAACUUGAAUCUCUUAAGAUACAUCACUAUGAUUCUCCGAUAUCCUUUUCAUUUGCCAAGGGUAGACUUGCUCCUCUGAAGGCACUUCAUAUAGACAAUUGUGAGGGAGUGGAGUCGUUGGAAGGGAUUGCCAUAGAAUCGCUUGAAACAAUGACAAUUAACGAUUGUCAAAAUAUGGGAAGCUUACCACAAUGCCUUCACACACUCUCCCAUCUCACUCGAUUGGAUAUUUAUAAUUGUCCAGCAUUGGAGAUAGAGGACUUCCCUCCCCUUCCCGUAACCCUCUUGAGUCUUGUUCUUAAUCGUUGUUCUAUGAUAAAGUCUAUUGCCAACUGUAACAUUGCCAACUGUAACAAUCUCAUUGAAUUGGAAAUAUGGGAGUGUCCGCUAUUGGAGAUAAAUGACUUCCCACCCCUUCCUAUCACCUUGCGGAGUCUUACACUUGGGGGAUGUCCGAUGAUAAAGUCCCUGCCAAAUAAGUGGCAUCAUCUUACAUCCCUCCAAAAGCUAGAAAUUAAAUAUUGCCCAAAUAUCAAGUGCUUCCCAAAAGGAGGUUUGCCUCCCAAAUUGCGAGAGCUUAGAAUUUGGGGGCUCGUGGAUUUGAAGCAGCCAGUGAGAGAGUGGGGGUUACACCUGCUCACAUCUCUCGAGUAUCUGACCGUUGAUUUUAACAUGGGAGGGGAGGGAGAGAAUGAGUGGUUUCCUUCGAAGGAUGAGGAUGCCUGGAGUCUCUUUCCUUCCUCUCUAACCUGUCUUUGGAUAUAUGAUUUGAGAAACACGGAAAGACUAUCGAGUGGUCUCCGCAACCAUCUCUCCUCUCUCCAGUCGUUAUUGAUUGGAUAUUGCCCCGAGUUGAGGUACUUGCCAGAGGAUGGCUUCCCUCCCUCCCUCCAACAAUUGGACAUACAGAGAUGUGCAAAACUCACUAGUGACUAUUGGCCCCUCAUCGAAGAGAUCCCUCAAAUCUGCAUUUGGUAGCCAAUCUGAUGAAUUGAUUCGUGCAUCUACACUACAGUGAACUUUCUUAGGGUUCGAAUACCAUUGUGAUCUUGCAUUAGCAGAAUCUCUUGGAAGGAUCAUGUGCGAACGUUGCUCAGG